CAUGUCACUGGAUUUUGCUGACGUGAAGGAAACGGCAUUUUGGACGCGGUUGUUUUGCUGCUCAACCCUUGCUUGGAUCACACACAUUGGCAUCACCCCGAGCAUGGUCAAGUCACAGCCUACGGGAGGGCACGUCUGUCCGCUAUGUCUGUAUUUAAUGAACAGCAGUAAGUCGUUGGAGAUGCAUCUCAAGGAGUCCUGUGGCUGUCCCUUAUCGGAAAGAACAUGCAAAGAGUGUGAUCGCGUUCAUAAAACUCGCCCCGAGGCGAUUCAAUGCAAACAUGAAGGAGAAAUUUCAAUCAUUCCAUGUCCCGUGAGGACAUGCUCGGAGGAAGCUAGUACGGAGAUCGAAUUUAAUUCCCACUAUACCAAAAAGCACGGUCGAUCUCCACCGAUAGUUGGAGUAGUGCUCUCCCCACUGGCAAAGAGUCCAAAUAUCCGGUCAUUUCUAGAGUUUCCACCUCGACGUGUUAGAUCAAGUGUCGGGACAGGCUCUCCGGGUGCUCCCAAGAUCAUUAUCAACCUUGAAGGAAGCAUUCCUCCAGAAUCGUCUGAUGCAGAUAUCCGCCCAUUUCGAUUUCCUCAGUAUAGAUUGCUCGUCAUUGAAAAUCGUCUUCUUUCUGCCGUCUUUCAGUGUGAGCGGGAUAACCCAGGUCUCCAAAAGCUAGUAGAGAGGAUUGAAAAUGAUGGACAAAAAAAUGCUGUGUUGCAGUAUGCAAUACGAGAAAUCAUUCGACGCGGGUUGCGACGCGGCACAUUUUUGAGGGAUCAAGAUGGAUAUCGUCUGCAGUUUGAACGUGGGGAUUGGCCCUCAAAAGACAAAUAUGUGUACACCGUGAACGGAAAACCGUUGGCCUACGGGGACCGCAUUACCGUCACAUUAAGCAUGGCUCCCCGAUCUUUCGCGAUUCCUGAACCGGAAUCUGUACCAGUCAGCAGUAGCUUGCGACAAUCAAGUGACCACGUACUACAUGGGUCGGCUUCCUACCCAGAGGAUCCCUAUCCCAGUCCGGCAACCUUCUCAGAAGAGUCUUACGUGAUCCAUACGGCCAACGCCUUGAAGCCGCCACGAGUACCACUACAUUUCACUCCGCCCGGGUAUUCAUUAGCAAACCCAACACUUGCUACACCAGUGAAUCGCUACAAUUUUACCGCAUUUGAAGGCUUCCGUGAAGGGCCAUCCCGAGCACUCUAUCCGACUUUCAGCCAAGAGGCCUAUGAGAUCCCGCAACAGCAUCGCUCUGCAUCAUCCCCACGACCAAAGCGUAAACACAUCACUGACGAUCGCGCAUCACAGAAAGACAGGUCCACAAGUAAACGACGUCGCUCCGAAACAGUUACUCGAGAACUCACUGAUGAAGAGCAGGAACAAAUUUUGCGGGCUCUUAAAAAAGUUAAUCCUAAUAUGCCAAUGCCACAAUCAAUCACUGUAGAAACUACAAUCGUUGAGCCACGUACAUUAUGGAGCGUUCUUACGACACCAUUAAAACGCAUGUUUGGAGGAGAGGACUGAUAAACAUCAUUAUCGAUUAUACCUUUAUGAAAACAGGGGAAAGAAGGAUGUUGGGGCGUAUAUGAUUGCAACGCUGUGGCGGGGCUGAAUUUUGGAUUAUAAUCUGUAAAUACAUUAGCUUCUGUUUCUGACCAAAUUUACGCAUCUUGGCAUCGUGGUCUACAAGUCCGUAAUCGAGCCAAAUGAAAUAAUCUAUUUAAACUGUACAUAAAAAUGAAGCUAGU